AUGGAUAGUGUUCAAGGUCAAUAUAUGCGUAUCAAUCAGAUUCUUAUGUGUCUCAUUGGCCAAUGGCCGUAUCAGGAGGGAUGGGAAAAAUUUCUGAUCCAAUUCGUCUUCGUGCCCGCGGUUUUCUCUCAGGCGAUUGUACAGGGCGGCGGCAUGAUCACUGCUUGGUUCGCGGACGACAUUGAUGCGUUUAUGGAGAGUUCGUCGCCUUUUGUAAUUAGUUUAAUGUGCAUCGUUAAACAUAUUAAUUAUACGUACAACCAUGAACAGAUGAAGAAGCUCUCCUUUAUAAUGGCGGACGAUUGGAAUAUCUAUUCAAAACUUAGCGAUGAAUACAAUAUUCUUUGUAAGAAUUACGAUAUGGGUAGAAAAGUCUCGAUUGCUUAUGCAGUCUCUCUAUAUGGUUCAAUGACUCCCUUUCUGGUUGUACCAGUGAUAAUAAAUACAGUCAGCUACAUGGGGUUGUACAACAUUUCCGAUAAACCCCUGAUGUUUCGCACGGAAUACUUUAUAGAUUCCGAGAAGUAUUACUACCCGUUAUUGGUGCAUUCGUACAUUGGCACCCUCGGAUUCGUCACGAUCGUCGUAGCGAUUGACUCGAUGUUGGUGUUUCACGUUCAACACGAAUGUGGGAUGUGCGAGAUCCUAGGAUAUCGGCUAGCACGGAUUGUUGAAGCAGAUACUUUAGACAUAAAUUUGUAUACGAGCAAAGAAGAGGCUAUGUCGUACGGAUAUAUUAAGAAUUGUGUCAUCAUGCACAAUCAUAUAAUAGAGUAUGCUAAACGUAUCGAAAUUGCGAAUACGACAUCGUAUUUUUUUCAACUAGGUUUUAAUAUGAUGGGCAUGACAUUCACAAUAUUUCAGGCAGUGGUAAAGUUGACUGAUCCAAAUGAAGCUCUGCGAUAUGUAUCGUUCACGGUGACUCUGCUAUCCGUACUCUUCCUCGAAAGCUGGCCGGGUCAGCAACUAUCAGAUUAUACUGACAAAACUUUUGCAUUUAUAACCAACGGAAGAUGGUAUCAGUCUUCGCUGAGAGUAAGAAAAGUGAUCAGUAUUAUGCUGAUGAGGAGUUACGUGCCAAUCAAGAUAACUGCGGGUAAACUGUACGCUUUGAACUUGGCAAAUUUCGCUGCAGUCGUACGCACGUCGUUUUCUUAUUUCACUGUCCUUUGUUCUAUGCAAUGAGCGAGACUUGCUGCAGCUCUAUUGCAAAAACUAUUAUUGAUGAC